CAAUAGAAACUGGGAGAAAGGGGGUGGAAUUUAGAUGUGUGACCUGCCCUGUAGCUUUCUUGCUCUCUGCAUUUAUCACAUCACAUCACACCCAGCAAGCCAGCCCCCCUCCUCCUGGCUCAUUAGGAGAUUUGAUUCGGCUGGGCUCCUGCUGUCAGCAGCUGUCUGGGGCAAGAUCUUUAUGCUCCCUGUUCCCUAAGCACCAACCAGCCUUCAGCCAGCAGCAGAGCUCAUUAGAAGAGGGCCCCUGGACACUUGAUAUUCAGCUCAUUGGUGGCCAGAAAGAGUUAAUACAAACUGCGGCGCUGCCCCCAGCACAGCCUCUGGGUGCAGAGGGAGGCAGCUUUGGGCUGUGGGAACCUCUUCCUGAGCUGCAGCCAGAGGAGCAGGAAAGCAGAGCUCCUUAACCCGCAGCCUCUCUGACCAUCCAGUUGGCAAGGCCCGCAGGCCAUGAGGACUGGUCAAAGACAGUGAGUGGACGUGAAAGGGUAAAUCCCUUUGCCCCGCAGUCUUACCUCCCGCCCUGACGUCCCUGCACAGCAGCCAGAGGGGUAACCGUAAGCAGGUGCCUGUAUGGCCGCUUUACUGAUGCCACGCAGGAACAAAGGGAUGAGGACUCGACUGGGAUGCCUGUCUCACAAGUCAGAUUCGUGUAGUGAUUUCACAGCUAUUCUUCCCGACAAACCCAACCGUGCUCUAAAGAGAUUAUCUACAGAAGAAGCUACGAGGUGGGCAGAUUCCUUUGAUGUACUUCUCUCCCAUAAGUAUGGAGUGGCUGCAUUCCGUGCCUUCUUGAAGACGGAGUUCAGCGAGGAGAACCUGGAGUUCUGGCUGGCCUGUGAGGAGUUCAAGAAGACCAGGUCAACUGCAAAACUGGUCUCCAAGGCCCACAGGAUCUUUGAGGAGUUUGUGGAUGUGCAGGCUCCGAGGGAGGUAAACAUAGACUUCCAGACUCGAGAAGCCACGAGGAAGAACAUGCAAGAACCAUCCCUGACUUGCUUUGACCAAGCCCAGGGAAAAGUACACAGCCUCAUGGAGAAAGACUCCUACCCCAGGUUCCUGAGGUCCAAAAUGUACUUAGAUUUGCUGUCCCAAAGCCAGAGGAGGCUCAGUUAGACCUCAGACGGAGACU